ACAAACGCGGUGGGCUGCUGAGCCGCCCAAUAAUCAAUCAAUCGAUCCCCACUAAUGAGCUGAUCUGCUCUGCUCUCCUCCGAGCGCGUGAAGGAGCAAUGGACCCGCUGCCAUCUCCGCCGCAGCUGUGCGUCCUGGAGAGCGCCGUCGUAGCGCCCCCGCCCGCGCCGGAGACCUCCCUCCCGCUCACCUUCUUCGACGUCUACUGGCUCAACUCCCCGCCGGUGGAGCGCCUCUUCCUCUACCGCCUCACCCCCGGCACCGGCCACGACGCCGUCCCCUCGGCCAUCCUCUCAACCCUCAGGUCCUCGCUUUCCCAAGCCCUUCGUGCCUACUUCCCGCUCGCCGGCCGCCUGCGCCUCACUCCCGGCACCGCCGACCGCUACGAGCUCCACUACCAGCCCGGCGACGGCGUCGCCUUCACCGUCGCCGAGUACGCCGUCGACGUCGACGAGCUUGCCGCCGACGGGCCAAGGGAGGUCGCCAGGAUCUUGCCGCUCGUGCCGCCUCUCUCGACGGGGGUUGGCCCGGUGCUCGCCCUGCAGGCCACCGUGCUCCGGGGCGGCCUCGCCAUCGGCAUCUCCCUGCACCAUGCCGCCUGCGAUGGCGCCUCCUCCACGCGCUUCCUACACGCCUGGGCCGCCGCAAGCACCGGCGCCGGCUCGCCUCCUCCCCCGGUCAUCGACAGAGGUUUGAUGACCAAGGACCCCAGUUUCAGCCACAUCUACGACAUCUAUGUCGGAGAUCUCACGAGCACCGAGGAGAUGGAGUAUGUCGAGUUUUCGAGCGACAAGCUCCUCGCCACCUUCACGCUCUCCAAGGAGGACAUCCAGCGCGUCAAGGAUGUCGUCGCCGCCGCGGCCGGCGAGGCGGGCGCGCCGCUGCCGCGAUGCUCCUCGCUCGUCGCCACCUUCGGCCUCAUCUGGUCCUGCUACCAGCGAGCCAAAGACGACGACGAAGCAAGCAGUGGUGACCCGACCUACAUCCUCUUCCCCAUCGACCACCGCCCGCGGACGAAGCCCGACCCCGUCCCGGACGAGUACCUCGGCAACUGCAUCGGCGCCGCCCUGCACGCCGCGCCCAAGGACCAGCUCGCGGCGCCCGGCGCCGGUGGCAUCCUCGUCGCGUGCACGGCUGUGGCCGCGGCCAUCGAGGAGGCGAUGGGCCACACCACGUCGCCCGAGAAGAUGGGGUCGUGGCCGAAGAAGAUUCUAGAGGCCGUCGCGACUGGUGGCGGUGUUCUGAGCGUGGCGGGGUCACCCAGGUUUCGGGUCUACGACGUCGAUUUCGGGUUUGGGCGGCCGGCCAAGGUGGAGAUCGUGUCAGUGGCGAGGACCGGCGCGAUGGCCUUGGCGGAGAGCCGCCGGAGCAGCGCCGGCGGCGUCAUGGAGGUGGGCAUAUCUCUGCCGCCGGCUGGCAUGCAGAGGUUCCGAAAGUGCUUCGACGAUGCCAUUUCGUGGCAUCAUCACCUUUAGACAAGCUAGUGAUAUGCUUCAGUUCAUGUUUUGUGCCGGCAAUCAUCUAAAUGUAUGCGUAAUUGGAGUCUUGAUAUGUAUUGUAAAUUUGUAAUCGGUAUUUUCUA